AUGGAUCCAGACGACAAUAACGGCUCGCCGCAUCGCCGGAUCAAUAACGGCUCGGACACUCAGACGCCGGAAUUCCACGAAAGUACUACAACCGGUGCCAUCACUAUCACGGCUACUACCGAAGUGACUACUUCCCGCAAUGUCGCUCCGCAUAGUCCCCCCCUUGUCGUCCCCUCGGGCCCGAUUUCCCCCAUAUCUCCGCUUCCCAUGCCCCCGCCCAGCAUCAUCAUCCCUCCUCGCGAGCUCGCGCAGGCCGCCGCGUAUGCCGACGGAGCCCGCGGAGCGUUGGCGCAGAAGCGCGGCGGGGUCGAGCAGCCGGCGGGGCUUCCGCCGACGCUUCCGCCGUCGCUCGUUCAUUGGCCAUACGCGACGCACAUGCCCGCCGUGUCGCCGGGUUUCACGCACCUCCCGAAAAGCCGUUCCGACGGCAACGGCGGGCCGUCCGCCGCGUCUCCCGCUACGCAGGGGAGGAUGCGCUACGAGAAUUGGGGGGAAAUCGGCUCCCCGUGGCAAGGGGAAGGGGGAAGGGGAAUCUCUCCGGGGAUGACUCCGGGCGUGGCGGAAAGCCCAGCGAGCGGCGGAAGCGCGGGGUGGCCGGGUGGCAGUCACGGGAAGGUGACACGUAACCUAUCGGGGGAAAAUAGACCUAUUCCGAGCAUUGCGAGCAGACCAGGCUCUCUAAGGGUGAAAGCAGCAAAUAAGCAAUCCACGUGGGCCGUCUCUCUCCUCACAGCACCGUGCCACGUGUCCUCAUGCCUGUGCAUUGAAGCCUGCUUCUGCCCCUGCGUCACCACCGGCCGUAUCGCCCACGCUCUCGACCCUACCUCCACCACCCCAGCUGCUGGCGCUCUGCUCUACUCCCUCCUUUCCUGCUUCCUCUCCUGCCAUGUGUUCUCUGUGGUGCUGCGUGGCCGAGUGCGGCAGCGGUACAGCCUGCCUGAGGCCCCGUUGGGCGGAGUGGAGGAUUGCUUCACGCACUGCUGCUGCAACGCAUGCGCGCUCAUGCAGGAGAUGCAGGAGAUGCAGGUGCAUGGAGACAUACCUGCUGUGAAGGUCACACCAGCACCACCCAGCGGCAUGGAUGGAGACGGAGGGAACGGUGCAAGAGCAAGAAAGCAUGGAAAGAUAGUCGCGCUUCCCGACAUCGUAGAGACGAAGCGCGAGGAUCCCAAGGGUGACGUGGAGGAGGAGCCGUACGAGGUGAAGCUACAGCGCAUCUCCGAGUGCGUUCCGCUGCGCAUCACCAGCACCAGCGGAAGCUCCGCGGGCAGCGGAAGCGGAGACUUUCACCAGUACCGAGCGAUGCGGCGGCACGAGCAGGACCGGCUGAUGCGGAUGGAGGCGGACUAUAACAAGCGCAUGGAGGAGAAGCGCUUCCAACAACGCAGAGAACAACGGCUGAAGGAAGCGGAGGAGCGAACAGCAAAGAAGCGAGCGAAACGGCAAAAGAAGAAAGAGAAGCGGAAGAAGCAGAAAACAGAGGAGCCACGGGAUGGCAGCUUGCCGAGUGCAAUGGCGGACAAAACAAUUGCCGUGAUUCUGGUCGGAGGACCUACAACCGGAACCCGCUUCCGGCCGCUCACUCUGAACGUGCCUAAGCCGCUCUUUCCGCUGGCCGGCAAGCCCAUGGUUCACCAUCCCAUCCACGCCUGCCAACAGAUUCCGAACCUGGUGAACGUGUUUGUGAUCGGGUUCUUUGAGGAGAAGGAGUUCACGCCUUUCAUCUCCUCGCUCUCCGCCGAGCUGCGCGUGCCCAUCAGGUACCUGCGCGAGGACAAGUCACAUGGGUCCGCGGGAGGGCUGUACCACUUCCGCAACACCAUCCUGCAGGACGAACCGGACCACAUCUUUGUCAUCAACUGCGAUGUCUGCUCCACCUUCCCCCUCGCCCCCAUGCUCGAUGCGCACAAGAAGCACGGUGGUGUGGGCACUCUGCUGUGCCGCAAGGUGGCCCCAGACACUGCGAGUGACUUUGGCGAGCUGGUGGCAGACCCAGAGACCAAGGAGAUUCUGCAUUAUGCUGAGAAGCCCGAGACGUUUGUGAGUGACCGCAUCAACUGUGGUGUGUACGUGUUCCGUCCGGCCAUCAUGGACAUGAUCAAAGCAGCCAUCGCCGAGGGCGAUGGAGAGAACUACGUGCGGCUGGACCAGCACGUGUUUUCGAAGCAGGCAGGCAAGAAGCAGCUGUACGCGUUUGAGACAGAGGACUUCUGGGAACAGAUCAAGACGCCAGGGCUGGCCCUGCGGUGCUCGCAGCUGUACCUGACGUACUACCGCCAGACGAGCCCCCAGCUGCUCGCCCCCUCCACGCCUGGCGGCCCCACCAUCAUUGGCGACUGCUUCAUCCACCCCUCCGCUAAAGUGCACCCCUCUGCUAAGGUGGGGCCGAACGUGUCGAUUGCAGCGAACGUGCGCAUCGGGGCAGGCGUGCGUUUGAAAGACUGCAUCAUUCUGGACGAGGUCGAGGUCAAGGAGAAUGCCAUAGUGGUGUCCUCAGUGGUGGGGUGGAAGUCCGUGGUGGGGCAGUGGGGCCGCGUGCAGGGAAGCGGGGACCUUAAGUCCCGUCUCGGAGUCACCAUUCUUGGAGAGGACGUGGCAGUGGGCAAGGAGGCAGUGGUGGUGAACUGCAUUGUGCUGCCGCACAAGUCCCUCAACACAAGCGUGCAGGAGGAAAUUAUUCUGUAG